AUGGACUUUGAGUUCACCAACAGAAGUAGCGUCACACCUGCCUGGGCCCAGUCCUCACCCAACCUUGACACCCCACGCAAACGUUCUUUCAAUGAACUUAACACACCUACCAAAUCCCUGAGCUCUCCCCUUGACAUACCAAGGUUUGGCAAUAACUUUGGACCCUAUCCCUUUGAAACGCCAUACAGACAAACCGCCCAGCCAUAUCAUUGGGAUUGUCCGCCUGGCCUGUCACACCAGAAAACACCAGACGGGGCUCGAGAUGUCGACAUGACCGAGGCUAGCCCUCCGAAACCCAGGACGGACCCCAAGGCGGAACUCAAUGCAGAGGAGAGCGAGGCCUCUUCGACUCGAGAGGUCUCGAACGGUGCGCUUCAACGUCUUUAUCGACGCAGAACUCGGGGAAAGGGCCGGCCAGUUGUCACUCGAACUAAUAACGGUGUGGAAGUCUCUGACGAGAGUGAUGGACAAGAGGACGAUCUGGAUCGAGAAGCUUCUGUGACACACCGUACAUCAAAUCACUAUACGCUCAACCUUCCUUCCACCCCCUCAUCACCAUCAGACAGACCUUAUGUUCUCCUUGGCUAUCUGCAAUUCUUCUUCAACUUGUCGUUGGUCCUGGUGUUUCUCUACCUGCUUCUCCAGUUCAUUCUGACGGUGCAACGCGAUGUGGAACAUCGGAUAUCGGAGUACUCCAUGGACAUUGUCCAAGAGAUCGCACUCUGUGCCUCCCACUAUAAGAACAACCUCUGUGCAACAAGUCCUAUUCCUGCCAUGAUUCGGCAAUGUGGUGCAUGGGAGACCUGCAUGAACCGUGACCCAACCGUGGUCGGUCGGGCGAGGGUCAGUGCCGAGAUGAUCGCAGAGGUCGUCAACGGCUUCGUCGAGCCCAUCAGCUGGAAGACAUUGGCAUUCACCCUGACGUCGCUGUCCUUCCUCACGGUAUUCGUCAACGCGCUCCUAUCUUUAUAUCGCUCUCGUCAUCGUGGAAAUGACCAGGCCCAACACCCAUAUCCUGUUCCCUCAAUACCAUUUGCCCCUAGUCACAUCAACUCACACCCAUCAUGGCACCAUCUAUCAGACACAGGUGACGAAGCGUCAGAAAUAGCUUCACGAAGACGGCGUCUCGAAGGGGGGCGGGCGAUCAAAAUACAAUAA